AUGCCUCCAGAAGUGAAACAAGAAAUAAGACGACUUCUAGAGCAAAAAAAUAAGGCAAAAGCGAAGAAAGCUGCAGAUAUAAAAGAGAUUCGAUUUCAACUGCGAGACACAAUGGGAAGAAGACAUAGGCAUGUAAUUGAUGAGGACGAUGAGGAGAACCUUGGUGGUGAUGAUGAUGAUGGAGAUGAUGAUGUGUAUAUGUAUCCGGCUGACAUGCACCCUGAUGAGCGACAUGCUUAUAGAGAAGCGGUUCGAGCAUCAAAAGCUGCUGAAUGGAAUCGACAACAAGAAGAACAUUUUAUAAAAGGUAUGGGUAUAGAACCAUCGUCUCCUUAUGAAAUCAAACACAAGUAUUUGGAUAUGGAGUACAAAGACAUGGAAGCUUAUGUCAAUAUUCAAAGAGAAAAGUGGAAGACUUAUGGAGGCACGAUUAUGUCUGACGGAUGGACUGGGCCCAUGAAAUCAAGCAUAAUUAAUUUCAUGGUAUAUCCAAAAGGUAGCACAAUCUUCCUCAAAUCUGUUGAUGCAUCAAAUAAUAUAAAGGACAACAAAUACAUAUAUGGUUUGUUGAAGGAUGUGAUCAAGGAAGUUGGCAAACAAAAUGUGGUCAAAAUAGUUACAGAUAAUGGGUCGGAAUUCGUGAAGGCGGGGAAGUUGUUAAUGAAGAAAUACAAUCUUUAUUGGACUCCGUGUGUAGCACAUUGCAUCGACUUAAUGUUCGAAGACACUAGUAAAAGGACGAGUGUUGCAGAUGUGAUUACAAAGGCUCGAAAGAUAACCAACUUCAUUUAUAACCAUAGUUGGUUGCUUGUGCAGAUGCGGAAGGUGUGUGGUGGAGACAUAGUUCGUCCUGGAGCAACAAGAUUUGCAACCAAUUAUAUAGCCCUAGACAAUCUUUUGAAAAAGAAAGCAAACUUGAAGAAAGUGUUUAUCAGUGAUGAAUGGGCACAACACAACUUAAGUCACACAUUAAUCAACAAAGAAGUUGAAUCACUUAUGUUUGACCAUGCAAACUGGGAAAGAGUGGGAAAGCUAGUAUCAAUAUAUGAGGCGCUAUACACAGUUCUUCGCAUUGUCGAUUCAGAAGUUGUUCCUACAAUGCCAUUUGUGUAUGAAUUGAUUCGAGUUAUGAAAGAGAACCUCAUUCGACUUAAUGCUAAAGAAUGUAUUGUAGCAUUCUUUCUUAAUCCAAGAUUUCAAUAUAAAUGUGGAGUUGGUAUUGAUCCUGAUCUACUUCAAGCUGUUCAUGAAGUCUUUGCAAAAUUAGAUCCUAUAUCAGAAGGUCUUAGUCAAUUUGGAAAUGAGAUUAUACUAUUCCGAGAUGCAAAAAGAGGAUUCGGUGAUCGAGCAACGAUUGCUUCGAGGUCAGAAAUGGUUCCCGAUGAGUAUUAUUUGUGA